AUGGCUGGAACUAGUAGUUCAGGGAGUGUCAAUUCUGCACGAUACUGUUCUCCUAAUGAGCUACAAAAAGAUCGAACUCCUUUGUGGGGUUAUGUGACUUUAGUAAAUAGGAAUAGAAAAGGGGAAAAUAUAACUGUAGGUGAAACUAGAUAUUGGAAGUGCAAUUAUUGCAAUCGUGAAUAUAAUGGCUCUUAUUCUAGAGUUAAGUGGCACUUGUUAAAAAUCUCUGGCAAAGGAAUUGCUCUAUGCUCAAAGGUUGAUAAUUAUUGCUUAGCUGAGAUGAAAAAAUUGCAAAAAGAUGCUGAUGAUAGAACAAAAUCUAAGCAAGUGCCAUUACCACCCCCAACUGUGGGCUUGUCUCCUUUAAGUCAAAGAGAUAACAUCCCUAUUCAAAGUGAAUAUAAUCCAGGGAAGAGGAGGGCUGUAAGUCCAUUAGAAAGGGCCUUCAACCAAGGAGCUAGAGAAAAUCUACAUGCUGAAAUUGCAAGAAUGUUUUAUACAGCUGGUUUGUCUCUUCAUUUGGCAUGCAAUCCAUUUUUUAUUAGUUCAUUUCAAUAUGCUGCUAAUAAUGUAAUUCCUGGGUAUAAACCUCCUAGUUAUAAUGCAUUACUAGGCCCCUUGUUGCAAAAAGAAAGGGCUAACAUAGAGAGGUUACUUGAACCAAUCAAAGGGACUUGGAGUAAUAAGGGGGUAAGCAUAGUUACAUAUGGUUGGACGGAUAUACAAAGGAGGUCAUUAAUUAAUGUUAUGGCUGUAUUUGAUGGGGAUGCUAUGUUUUUGAAGGCAAUUGAUGGGUCGAAAGAACAUAAAGAUAGAUUUUAUAUGGCUGAAUUGAUGCGUGAAGUUAUUGAAGGAGUCAAGCCUCAUAAUGUUGUUCAAAUAAUUACUGAUAAUGCGGCUGUUUGCAAAGCUGCAGGUAAACUUAUAGAGGCUGACUAUCCCCGCAUUUUUUGGACACCAUGUGUUGUACAUACACUUACUCUUGCAUUGAAAAAUAUAUGUGCAGCAAAAAACACAGAGGAAAAUGGAAUUCUGUAUGAUGAGUGUCAUUGGAUCAAGGUGGUUGAGGAUGAUGCAAUGUUUAUUAAAACUUUUAUUAUGAGCCAUUCUAUGAGAUUGGCAAUUUUUAAUGAAUUUGUGCCAUUGAAGUUGCUUGCCAUGGCUGAAACUAGAUUUGCUUCAACAAUCGGGAUGUUCAAGAGACUUAAACUCAUCAAAACUUGUCUUCGUACAAUGGUUAUAAGUGAAGCAUGGAAUACUUAUAAAGAAGAUGAUGUUAAAAAGGCAGUUACAGUUAAAGACUUGGUUCUUAAUGACUCUUGGUGGGAAAAGAUUGAUUACAUACUUUCUUUCACAAGACCAAUUUAUGACUUGCUUCGGUUUGUUGAUACAAAUAAGCCUACACUUCAUUUGAUUUAUGAAAUGUGGAACUCAAUGAUAAAAGAAGUGAAGGAAUCCAUUUAUAAGCAUGAGAAGAAAUUGCUAUCUCAGCAUUCAAGUUUUUAUGAAGUUGUUUAUGGGAUCAUUAUUGACCAUUGGACAAAGGGUUGCAUGCCUCUUCAUUAUCUUGCUCAUUCAUUGAAUCCUAGGUAUUAUACACCUCAAUGGAUUAAUGGUGCAUCUAAUAGAGUUCCUCCCCACAGAGAUGCUGAAAUAUCAAGAGAGAGAGUAAAGUGCUUUAAUAGGUACUUUAAUGAUCCUGAUGAAAGAAAGUUGGUCCUUCAAGAGUAUUCGAAGUUUUGUCUAUGUUCAGAAUUUUAUUCAUCACCUGAUUCCUUAGAAGAUAGGUGGAAUUUGGAUCCUAAAGGGUGGUGGCUAAAUUAUGGUUCUUUCACCCCGAUUCUUCAAAGACUUGCAUUGAGACUUCUUGGUCAACCAUGCUCGUCAUCUUGCUGUGGAAGAAAUUGGAGCACUUACUCUUUUAUGCAUUCAUUGAAGAGGACCAAAAUAACUCCAAAAAGAGCAGAAGACUUAGUAUUUGUGCAUAAUAACCUUCGUCUUUUAUCAAUAAAGAAUGAAAAGUAUUCCACUGGACAAAGUAGAAUGUGGGAUGUCAAUGGAAAUACUUUGGAGCCAUUUGAUGGUGUUGAUGGUCUUGGAGUUGAGCAAGAGCUUGUAGGAGAAUCUAGUAAUAUCAUUGAAGAUGAGGAGUAA